UGUAGGCGCGGCUUGUGUCGGCGGGGGGAAGACCCGAGGAGCUGACAGACGGCAGCGAGGGAGAGAGAGCAGCAGACCCAGCAGAGCAGUCACCGUGCACAGGAGUGAGGAGAUGGGAGACAGAGCGGGGACCAGAGUCUUCAAGAAGUCCAGCCCCAACUGCAAACUCACUGUUUAUCUGGGGAAACGAGACUUUGUUGAUCACAUAGACCAUGUAGAUCCAGUAGAUGGAGUGCUCCUUGUAGACCCAGAGUACAUGAAGGAUCGUAAAGUGUUUGUUAGUCUGACCUGCGCGUUCUGUUACGGUCGGGAGGACUUGGAUGUCUUGGGCCUUUCCUUCAGGAAGGAUCUGUACGUCAGCACCGUCCAGGCGUUCCCUCCCCUGCGGGGGGAGAAGAAGCCCCUGAGCUGCCUGCAGGAGAGGCUGCUGAAGAAACUGGGUCAGCAUGCCAACGCCUUCGGCUUCACCAUCCCCCAGAACUUGCCCUGCUCGGUGACCCUCCAGCUGAGCCCAGAGGACACCGGGAAGGCGUGCGGCGUGGACUAUGAGCUUCGAGUGUUCUGUGCAAAGACUGUGGGGGAAAAGAUCCACCAAAGGAACUCUGUGCAGCUUGUGAUCCGGAAGGUUCAGUACGCGCCGGAGAAGCCAGGUCCACGGCCCAUCGUGGAGACCAGUCGCAGCUUCCUGAUGUCUGACAGAUCGCUGCAUCUCGAGGCCUCGCUGGAUAAGGAGCUGUACUACCACGGUGAGCCCAUCACCGUUAAUGUCCAUGUCACCAACAACUCCACCAAGACUGUCAAGAAAGUGAAGAUUUCUGUUUGUCAGUAUGCUGAUAUCUGUCUGUUCUCCACGGCUCAGUACAAGUUUCCCGUGGCCCAGGUUGAAGCAGAUGACCAGGUUUCUCCCAGCUCCACCUCCUGCCAGGUCUACACGCUGACUCCCGUGCUGGGCACCAACAGGGAAAAGAGAGGCCUGGCCCUGGAUGGAAAGCUAAAGCAUGAAGACACCAACCUGGCCUCCAGCACCAUAGUAAAAGAAGGGACCAGCAAGGAGAUGAUGGGGAUCGUGGUUUCUUACAGAGUUAAAGUCAAACUGGUGGUGUCUCGUGGAGGGGAUGUAGCAGUGGAACUUCCUUUUGUCCUGAUGCAUCCCAAACCUACAGACCAGCCCUGCUCCAAACCACAAUCAGAGGCUGGUGCUUCUGUAGAUACAAACCUCAUCGAGUUUGGCAUGAAUUCUUCCUCCCCGGUGGAUGAGUUUGUGUUUGAGGACUUUGCUCGGCUGCGGUUGACGGGGAUGAAGGAUCACAUGAGUGAGGAUGAGCCCCUCUUUUAGCUCAUCCAGCUCGGCCAGCAGCGGGGUCACACCUCAACCCCACAGGCCGAGACAAGGACGAAGAAGAAGACCCAACAGCCAGAAGUCUCUCCCCUGCUUCAAUUAUACAAUUCACUGUGUUCGGGUAGCUUUCGCUUGAAGUAUAUGACCCUAACCCUCAUCUUUAGCGCAUCAGUACAAAACACACUCACUUCAAUAUAUUUUUUCUGGUCUUACAUUAGACAUCAUCAUCUAACAUUGUGAACAGAGUGGAAGAGACACUUUUGAAUGCGAAUGUCGCCACCAUAUCGUAGGGCCAACAUACAGAGACAAACAACCAUUCACACCUACGGUCACUUUAGUCUCCACUUACACUAACUAAUCCACCUUCUUACUGUGGGGCAACAGCGCCUACCACUACGCCACCAUGCAGCCCACAAACCCACCUGUAAACAGCUACAUACAACAUGGCUAAUUCUGUCUAUAAUAUACCAUAACUUAAUAUGUAAAUCAGCCAGCUAAACAAUCAACCUUAAAUUCGUGUGAAUCUUUUGGCUGUCCCUCACGUGUAAUUUGAGCUGUUCGUUACGAUAAAAAAGCAGUUGUGUUUUAAUUGUGUUCAUCCAUCAACUAUGCUGCUUAAACUUUGAGGCCUGUGUGUGUGUGUGUGUGUGUGUGUGUGUGUCACAGCAGAAAUGUGAGCUUUGUAAAUGUAAAAUAUCUACUGUAUUAUCCCUAUUAACAAACCUGAGAUUUAUAGAAUACUUUACACUACACAAUAUAACAAGAAAAAAUAUAUCACAAGAUACUACAUGGGUUUUCUGUUGUUUUACUCAAAAAAGAUUAUAGAAAAAUGACAUUUUUAUUUUGUUUCAAACAUAAGAUAAGUUGUCGUACAGCACUUUUGUUUCGUGAGAAAGAACUUUUCACCUGUCAAAUGGAAUGUUAUGUGAACACGACCGGUCAAGAUAUAAGACUCAUGUUGAGAAAGUGAAACGUCUUGCAGUUGGUCCUCGUGCUCUACGUCACAUCAGGCUUCUAUCCCCCUCCACCUUUGAGGGAGGACUGUCCUAUAAUGUAAUCAGGUCCGAGACUGGAGUUACUUUAAACUAUAAGGCCUUUCAAUUCAUCCAAAAGGCUGUGACAGACAUAAAUUAUGCCAGAUAUGGGCAUGACUGUUAGACACGUUUUAUUAAAUUGGUUCUCAAGUGCUUACAAUAUAAAAAAAAGGUUCUUGGUAGUUUUAGUGGUGUCUUACUUGAGUCUAUAAAUGACCAUGCACAUAAAAUAGGAAAAUGGACCACUGUAAACAGAAUAUACCCAGAAAUACAACGUACACCAUUAAGAAAAUCUGAGAUCAUGUACACAAAUUUUUUCUUUGAAUUUGUCUUCACUUUUCUUGAGACUCCGGUUUUUGUAAUGAUAAUAAAAAGGAUUAUUAAAAGUA